AUGAAGUUGGUGUUGAGAGUUUCAACGCAUCUGAAGCCAGUUUUGCAGUCAAGUGCCAAGAACGGAUUUCCACGUGUCAUAAGAUGUUUGGCAACGCAUUCUGCCGCUACGCCGUCGCCAUCUCCAGCACAAACACAAUCAUCAAACCAACAUCAAUACGUCUUUGAUCGUGACGUGAAACGCAAACAGAGGAAUCGAGCUGCUCUCAAACCUGAAAGCAGACAAGUCGAUUACUUGAAGGAUGAAGUUGCAAAGAGAUUGGCGGAGAGAAUAUUGGACAUUAAACGAAGAUUCCCGACCGUGUUGGAUCUAGGAUCAGGUCCUGGGUAUCUGAUACGAUAUCUUGACAAGGAGAUGACGGAUCGUGUCGUCCAGAUAGAUUCUGCAGAGAACAUGCUGCUACGUGACAAGGACGUUGAAUACGAAGUGCCAACCGAACGAUUGGUGAUGGAUGAAGAGCAUAUGACAUUCCCUGAAAACACAUUCGACUGUGUUUUGUCAAGUUUUAGUUUACAUUGGAUUAAUAAUUUACCUGGAGUGUUUAAAAGAGUGCGGCAGGCUUUAAAGCCAGAUUGUCCUUUUAUUGGAGCUAUGCUGGGAGGGCAAACUCUUUUUGAAUUGAGGACUGCACUACAACUCGCCGAAUCUGAAAAGGAAGGUGGAAUAUCACCGCAUGUUUCGCCAAUGACAGAUGUUCGAGAUGUUGGAGGUUUGCUGAGUGGAGCUGGUUUCACACUCCUCACAGUGGAUAUGGACGAGAUACAAGUUGGUUAUCCGUCUAUUUAUGAGCUCAUGAGGGACUUACGGAGUAUGGGAGAGUCGAAUGCUGUAGCUUCAAGAAAACCAUAUCUGCGACGUGAGACGAUACAAAGGGCUUCAGAGAUAUAUAAAGAGAUGUAUGGUAACCCCGAUGGCACGAUUCCUGCUACUUUCAACGUUCUCUAUUUGAUUGGGUGGAAGCCCGACCCAAAGAAUCCCAUCAAAGUGAAGGAAAGAGGAUCAGCUGAAUCCUCAUUCAAAGACUUGGACACGUUGCUCGAUAAAGCUGGAGCAAAGAUCGAACAUGAUUCAAAAGACUCGGUAUUUAUCAAACCCAAAAAGGAAUAA